UACUUUCUACGGUUUCAUUUCCUGCUCGGCGUCUACUUAUGCGUAGCAAUCGUAGAAGUGUAUUUUGUUGAAGCGGCGUGUUUGUGCUUCUCUGCAAGUUUUCACAAUCGAUUUCCAUUUUAAGUCUCGUUAUUUGUAUCUGUUCUUGAAUUCCACAGCAUCCGAUCAUGAAUAGAAGAUUUGGCGGAGGCCAACGCGGUGGCAAUCGUGGCUCCUCUUUUUCUCAGCAACCGUUCCAAAGCGGUGGCGGCGGCGUAAACCCUUGGCAGGGUGGUGGAUCCAAUAUGAAUCAAGGUGGAAUUCUAUCCCAAUUAACAUCAAAUCCUCAACUAGCUCUGGCCUUAACUAGUUUGCUUCAACCUCAACAGCAACCGCCGUCCUUGUUAUCGCUAAAUACGUCUCCGGCCUUUUCUGGCAACCGUGAUUACGGUCGUUUUAACAGUGGCUUUAACAGAGGCCGUGAUAUUAAUAGACGUCACGAGCCCUACAACAAGCAAUCCCGGGGGGGCGGAUUUAUUGGCAACGAUAGGCGACGAAGACCGUCGCCCAAGAGGGAAAUUAUCAAGAAAAAGCCAGCUUUCGUCAAAGUAGACAAGAAGGAGGAGAGUGCUGACGCUAAUGACGAAGCUGAUGAAGAGAAGAAGGAAUCGAAGAGAGAUUGGAAGGAGGAGAAGAACAACGUUGAAGGAAAAGAAAGCGGAGAUGAUGAAGAAGCCAAAAAAGAAGUUUUGGCUGAUUCAAAGGACGGCAAAUACGGCGGCAUUGAUAAGAAGUACCUUCAUUGCUGGGUCUGCAACAAGCAAAUGUGGGAUGGUGAAUCCAUGAGUAAACAUGUGAGAGGAAGGGCUCACCAUGAAAUGCUAAAAGCUUUAGAAGAAAGCAUUCAUAUUUGCGUUAAUAUUCUGAGAGAGAAUUUGCGUCUUCAAGAGGAACGCAAGUUGAUCGAAUUCAAUCGCCAGAGCAGGCAGAGGAAGUUUAAUCAAAGACGCGAACCGCCUCUUAGUCAUUGUGCAAUGUGCGACUUGAAAUUCAUGGGCAAAAUCAUUAGCCACCGCAGGACUGAUGGGCAUCAGCGGCUUAAGAGGUACCUGCAUCCAAAUUGCCGCACUUGCGAUAAAGAAUAUCCAUCAAGGAUCGAAUGGAUUGAGCACUGCCUGACACCGGAACAUCUCAGACGGUCCAGUCAAGUCACUGAAAGCAAAGUCGGGGGCAAAGAUGGAGAUGAAAUAAUAUCUGGAGAGGAAAGCGGAGAUAUCAACAUGGACGAUGUUUUGGAAGAGAGUCUUAGCAUGGAGGGUGAAGACCCAAUUAUUGACAUUGAUGACUCUCUGAUUAACAUGGUAGAUCGUCUGCCUGCUUACAAGAAAAAUCGACCCGUUGCCGUCAAGGCUCUUCAGGAGUUUACCGGGUUUAAGUGUGAUUUGUGCAAUAGGAGCUUUGCUCAAAAGUCUGAUGCAGAUGCUCAUUUGACCACACGAAGGCAUUUCUAUCGUUUUGUGGAAAGUAUUAAAGAAAGGUUUGAUUCGGAAGAGAAGCGGAAGCGGGCAGAGAAAGAUGCAGCUGAGAAAAGCAAGCCUGCGGACGUUGAGACUACCACUGGGGACGAAAAUGGAGUUAAAGUAGAAGCUGAAGACGAAGAAGAAGACGGCGACCAGGAAAUGUAUGAUCCAACUGAAACCACUGAAGAUGAAAAAGUAAACGAGGAAGAAGCGGAGGAAAAUGUAGAGACGGUGGCCGUCACAGAGGAUCCUAUUGAGGAAAUGGUACAAGAUGAAGUUCAACCCGAACCUGAACCAGCGGAGGUCAAAGCGGAACUGUCCCCACCCGUUACUAGGACCACGCCCAGAAAAGCAGCUGGCCCGAAGAGUAAACGCGGCAGGAAAUAGGCUUAUUUGGUGUUUGUACUUGUUCAAGAAUUUUUCUUUAUUUACUACCCUCGUUGCUACUAAUUCAUGUUUAGGGUUUGUGUCUUUUCAUAUGCAUCUAAUCUAAUUUUAAGGUGCUUUCACAUUAAACGCGGUUUUGAUUGAAAUAACGAUUCUUUGGUUUCUAAUCUUCAUCAGCUAGUAUUAAGAAAGCUUUUCUGGUGUAGCGCGAGGUGAACAAGUAUAAUUCUAUGAAUAUACUAAAAUUUAUCUGUAAGGUUUUACUAUUACUAAGUGUGUUUAGUAAAUUGUGGAUUUUUAGAGUUUGCAUCAUGCAAUCACAUAGUAAAUUGUUCAAUACGUGGCCACAAAUCAGUAAUAUUCCUCAAAACAAUUGGGUAAAUAUUCCAAAGAUUCAAUAAUCUUGCUUUUAAUUUUUACUGGCGUGUGGUGAUUUUAAUUACACUGUCGAAAUAACGUGGAAGCUGGCAAUUCUUACUGUAGUUAAUGUGAACAUUCAUAUUGGUGAAUAUUAAAUGUCUACCCGAAA